UAGGAAAAGCUGCUCGCCGCUCAAGGAUCAACCAGAGAGGAGAGGCGCGAGGGGCGAGAACGACCUGACCCGACGCAUGAACGAGCGCACGGAGAGGGGAGCAACGACAAGUGCGCGAUAAGCGGAGACAGAUCUUUAGUUAGGACGCGUCUGUGGGGUUAUUUUUUGCACCCAUGUGAAUCGCGUCGGGAUGAGAAUCAUCUGACUUUUUUUUUUUUUUUUUUCUCAGUGGAGAAUUACGCACGAAGCGCCAUUCCAAUAUGAACCAACUUUUACGCACGGACCCGUGGAGAUGCGAGGUUUCGGUUAUGAGCAGAAAGCUGCACUACUGUUACACAUAAUUGCAACUUCUCAACGGAAGAUUACAGACUGAUCAUUUUGGACUUGGAUUUUGAAUCAUAACUGGACCCAUCAAACACUUAGGCGCAUGUUGACGAACACGUCUAAUUAUGCAUUUGGAGGGGCUUAUUAGGAGUCUCUCUUGCACCGCAUACUGAUACAAUAGGGGCCGCGUGUUUGUUUCAUUCGUGCGCCGUAGCAUCCCGCGUAUACACGCACUUGUCCCACGGCUACCCUUGAGUUUUCAAAACAGCGCUAUGGACACAGUCAGACGUCUAGCCUGCGUGUGAGUCACCGUGAGCAAACAUUUGGACAAGCUGCGCUCUUUUAGGCAGUGACACAUUUGGGAUAUUUAACGGUGCGUGUUUUUUUUUGCGCAAGCGGACAGCGCGCGCGACACCGGGACGAGGCUCGGUGCAGCCGGGAGAUUGGACGCCGAGGUGCUAAAUGCCCAGCCGGUCGCUUGCGGCUCCUCAUGCUGGGCGGCAACAUGAGGUCCUGGGUCCUGCUGCUGCUGCUGGCUGCGUUUUUGGCGGCCCGUGUACGGCUCGGCAGUGCUGAGGGUGAUCCGCUCCCUCCAUCGCUGGUCGACCUGGUGAGGGACUCCCCCAUCUCCUCCGUGGAAGAUCUGAAACUGCUGCUGCAGCAGGAGACAAACGCAACAGAAGAGGAAGAGGACGAGCACGAUGUUCUCAUAAACCACACCCACGGCCGGUACACUAGAAGUCUUGUGGAGGCUCAGCCGGCCCAGCAGGCAGCCUGUAAAGUUCGCACGGAGGUGAUGGAAGUGAAAAGGUCCAUGCUGGACCGACGCAACGCCAACUUCCUGCUGUGGCCACCGUGUGUGGAGGUGCAGCGGUGUUCGGGCUGCUGCAACACCAGGAUGCUGCAGUGCACGGCCACAGUCACGUCUACCAGAUACCUGCAGGUGAUAAAAAUCCAGUACAUAAACAGGAAGGCCCAUUACGACAAGGCCAUCAUCUCGGUGGAGGACCACGUCAGCUGCAGGUGUCAGCCUCCUUCGUCGCCGUCCUCCCCCUCGUCGGUCGCCGUUCCUCAGGCGUUUCCGAGCAACCCCAACCCGCCUCCUCCUCCUCCGCCGCAGCAGCAGCAGCCCCCGCCGUCCGCCCACGUGCCCCCGCCCGUCCCCCAGCCCGCCCACCCGGCCCCGGCCGCCGCCAAGCCUCACUCCUCCAAGGCCGACCUCCACCGCCACGACGACCUCAAGCGCAACCAGCAGCAGCAGCACUACCACCCCGAGGAGCCCGUGUCGAGGCAGUGGCAGCAGGGCGGCUACACCCAGCUGGUGCACUGGACGCAGCCCCGGGUGCACCAGGCGCCCACGCACGUGCAGCAGCAGCAGCAGCAGCAGCAGCCGGGCGUGCACCAGGCGAUCGGCAGCAGCUGGCCGUCUGAAGCGCGGGGCGAGCACAGCGUCAUGGGGAGCGCGCAGCCGGAGAGGCCUGGGAGCGGGUAUGACGGGAGCAGGGAGGAGGGCGGCGCGCACGGGGACGCAAGCCACCCGGACCACGCGCAGAGGCAGCAGCUGCUGCUGCAGCAUCAGCAGAGGCAGCAGCAGCAGCACCAGUAUCGCCACCAGCCGCAUUACGCACAACAACAGUACAACCACGGAGGAGCCGACGACCAAGAGCUGAGGACGCAGUACAGGCUCAACACCCCUCAAGCGGACAGCUCCUCCCCGCCCCUGAGCCCCACGCAGCUCCCCGAACCAGGAGAGAACCCCACUCCCCCGCUAACCACCGUUCAAAAGGACUCGGCGACCGGCCGAAACGUCACGGCGGUCACGCGCCAGAAACAGACUGAGACUGAGGCGGUCAGUCAGAAAGAAGGGAGCGCGAAGGAGGACGGCGGCUCGGCCAACAGCGGGGACUCGGCCGGGCCGGAGCCGGCCGGUCAGGGGAAGGGAAGAGACUCUAAGGCGACCGGCGGGGAUUUAACGGAGCAGGAGAGGAGGGAGAGGCUUCUGGAGGUGGUGCAGGGGGAGCCCGGGAAGCAGAACCACCUUCAUCCGCAUCAUCCGCAGCAGAGGCCGAAGCCGACCGCGUUUAAAACAGCUCUGUCCACGGCGGCGCCCGUGUCCCCCGCGGCCCGCCAGGCCCCGCUCCGACCCGCCUCGCCUCGGCGCAGGAGGAAACACCGCAAACGCAUCAGCAAGGCCGCCAUGAGAGCCAUGAUCAUGUAGAGCUGAAGGAAGCUAACCAAAAGAUUAAACUUUGCCCCAAAGGAAUACGGAGGAGACACAAACCGGGGGACAGCUGAGGCUUUGUGGACGGGUUUCGAGGUGGUGGACAGCGCUCCUGUUUUCUGCUCCACAGAGAGUCCCCGUUCUUCAUCCAGAGAGAAGCCAGCCUAACGGAUUUUAAUAAAAGUGCAAUCUUAUGAACUCUUCGGAACCCGAGGACACUGAAAAACACUGGAUUUCAAUAGUUUGAACCAAAAAAAUCCCGUUGACGUGGGUUACUGGAAGCUAUCAGGCGCUGAUAGAAAGCUAAACUGCUGGGUUUGUGCCUGCAGUUGUCAGCCAUUGAUUGGCGACUUUAGCAUGUUUUACUCCUUGUCGUUCAGCAAACGGAGACUGCGACCGCGGGGUUGGACAACGCGAGGGCUCAGGUCGGAGACGUGGAGAACUGGAUUUCUACACUGGAACGAUAACUGGAACACGGAGAGAGAGCGCGGCUCAAGUCUCAAUGCCAAACCUUUUCUGUUAUCCCGAAACGUCUGAACCUAACAUUAUCUAACACUGGAGUAGCCGUACACUGAUCAUACUACACCGACUUUAGAGAAGUGCUCUACUGUGUACUGUAGCUAAAUGUACUGGAAAAUAUCGAUAACCUGCUCAUUUUGUACUACUGCCAGUCCCAACUGGAAUGGAAUAACAAAUAAAAUGCCUGCUUAGAUAACACGCUAUGAAUAUCCACAUUAAAGCAAGUCUUAAAGACCUGGCUUUUAGAGAUCGCUGUGAGCCAGUUAUAGCCAACACUGUAUUGUAUAAAUGCUUUUAGGAAAUGAUUUCCAGGGGAAAAAGAAACAAACUCUAUUUCUUAACUUAUUUAAAAAAAAGAAAAAAAAGAGGAUGAAGUGGAAUCCUCUUGUUCUCAAGUGUAAUUAUUGUUGCAUACAUGGUUCAGAUUAUAAUUAUUGGUUGUGCAACUGUUACUGUAAUGAAUGUUAUUUUUAAUAUAAAAUAAAAAUGUUGAAGGAA